AUGCCCAGCAGAACAGAAUCCGAGGACGUCGCCAUGGACGAGGCGCCCCCCUCUCACCAGCCCGAGGAGAACGAGGCCUCUGAGGAGUCGCCUGAGCAGGAGGAGGAAGAGGAGGAGGAGCCCCAGCGCGUCAAGAUUCUCCCUGGUUCAACAGACAGCGCUGCCUCAUUCGAGUUCAUCGAUGAGGGUCACACGCUCGGCAACGCGCUGAGAUACAUCAUCAUGAAGAACCCCGACGUCGAGUUCUGUGCCUACGCCAUCCCUCACCCCUCCGAGGCCAAGAUGAACCUCAGAAUUCAGACCUAUGACGGAACCGCCGUCGCCGCCCUCCAAAAGGGCCUCAAGGACCUGCAGGCCCUGAGUGACACUGUCGCGGAGGAGUUCAUCCGCUCUAAGGAAGAGUUUGGACGUUCUUAG